UUACCCGAGGCCGCCCGAAACCAGGAAUGGUUUCGCGAACGAAUAUGAAAAUUGCGCGACUCGCGUUAUCGCGCGGGAAAUACGCGGAAAGUGAGAAUAUCGGAGCACAAAAUGGCCGCGUCGUCAACGGUUUCGCGAGGGAGAACUCAUCGUACGUGUUUCGUCGAACAAACGUGAAAGUUCGAUUCGAGCUGUGGUUGUGGACCGUAAUUCUUCGAAAAGUGAAGUGAUUCUGGAAGGAAGGAGGGAAAGAAAGACUUCCCCUAGAUCGCCAAUUUCGCUACCUUUGUUUUGAAUCGUGAUUAUCGUGAAUCCAGAACGAAAUGAAUAUCUGCGAGGUGUCGUGGCAUCGAAGGGAUAUUUUUCCGGAAACAAACGAGACGCGAAUCUCGUCGGAGCGGGACGAGCAGGUGCCAGGAAAAGGCCCAUCGAGAGCGACGCCGGCGCUUUCGCCCACGCUGACCAGGCGACGUGACACGGCGCGUUUGUUAGCACGUGCUCGUGACGGACGCGGACACGGUCGAUUUAAUUAAACGCGAUUGGGGAGGCGUAGACGGGACAAGGAGGAUAUCACGCGACAGAGUAACGGCGACGAAGACGACGACGGCGGAGGCAGACAGCGUCGCCGACGACGACGAGGAUGCGGACAACGGGUACCCGGGAGUUGAACGACUGCGGUCGCGGAGGCGGCAAGAAAUCGUCCCGGGAUCAUCAUGGACUGGACCCGGCGGAUUUGUCUGACCGGCUUGUUAUUGUUCUGCCUCGGAUGGAUCGGGGAAACAAACGGCCUGAGGAUGCUGGACCUGAUAGUGCCGCAGCACGCGGUGCUCGGGCAAAAUGUAAGCCUCGAGUGCAACUUUAAUCUGGACGGCGAGAAGCUGUACUCGGUCAAGUGGUACAAGGACGGCAACGAGUUCUACCGAUUCGUACCCCAGGAGAAGCCACCUGCUCUGAAGUUCGUCCAUCCCGGUGUCACGGCAGUCCUUCACGAGUCCAGUCAACGAACGGUCGUCCUACGUUCCGUGAACCUCAUGAGCACGGGACGCUACAGAUGCGAGGUUUCGGCGGAGGCGCCGUCCUUCCAGACCGUCUCCGAUCAUUCGGAUAUGAUGGUAAUCGCAUUGCCGGAGGACGAGCCCGUUAUCACGGGCCGACCCGUUACGGGGAAACAUCGUUAUCAAGUCGGCGACGUCGUGCGGUUCAAUUGCACUUCGGCGAAGUCGAAGCCACAUGCCACGCUCAGCUGGUUCAUCAACGGCGACCCCGUCGAGCAGCAGUUCUUGAAGCUCCACCCCGUCGUCGUGGACCGGAACGAUCUGGAAACCUCCACACUCGGUCUAGAGUUCCGUCUGCGCUCGAAGCACUUCAAGAAGGGAGACUUGAAGAUCAAAUGCCUGGCGAGGAUAUAUACCGUGUAUUGGAAAUCGAAUGAGCUCAGCAUAGAGGGUGAGAGGCCUCUGAAGAUACCGGUAAUGGAGAGCAGGGAGACAAGGGCGCAAGGGCACACGCACGCCGAGCAUAUCCUAGCGAGCGGGAGCAUAGCGUUAGGGCCGUGCGUGGUGCUGGUGAUCAUGGGACUCCUGAUGCUGCGGUAAGGAACGAGGAUACCACUCGCCCUUCGUGCUCAUCCCCCAGGCCUGUGGAACGCCAACCCUGCCCCCCCCCCUCCGUAAUGCGAUAUGAUUACGUAAUAUAAAAUUACCCGUGUUGUUUAUAUUUUUUAUAAUUGCAAUUAGUGGAGUUAGAGACCACGUAAAUAAUCGUAGACAGACGACACACUAUCGAAACUACGUUACAACUUUAUACUCGAACGUUCAGAGGGAGUUUUCGUUGUAAACGAACGAGAUGGGUUCUUUCUCUUCUCUCUCUCUCUAUCUCUCUCUUUCUCUUUCUCUCUCUCUCUCCAGGGGCGAUAAAAGAAUUAUCGGGAAAUUUUGCGGCGACUCGGUCGUUCGAUUUUCACGUUACACGAAUUACCUACGUCUCACGUCUACAGUGCGCGAAAGACACGACGGACUCUCCGUUGUUCCGUUCGCAACUCCGUUGUUCGUAAUAUCUAUUCGUCAGGGGGGGAAGGAUUGCCCUGGCCAACACCGAUAUCAGUAGUUUAUCGGUGAAAAUUCGGAGCCGCGACUUUUUUACAUUGCUCGCGGCGACUCAUGCGUAAAGUGUAUAAAUCGAUCUUUUCGGGUUACACACAUACACCUCGUCUCUCGUGAAUAUUCCGCUGUGUGCGGCUAGCGCGUAUCCUGCCCCCGUUCUCAAACCCGUGGCGCGGGUCCGCGCGUUUUAUUGAAUUUUCAUUAACCGUGCCGCGUCUGGAAACGCUAGAACGCAAGUGCGCUUUACUGAGUUUCAAGACAAUAUAACAUUAACGAUUUAGCUGUGUAAACGGAGAAAAUUUCCCCCCGCAAAUUCCCGAAUUCGGCAUCAGCGUGCGCGCGGCUUGCGAAUAUUUAAAAUAUCCUCGAUCGUUAUUCUUUCAAGUGUUCGUCGAGAACACUUGUCGUAAUCGUUAAUGAGAAAUUUCGAUACUUAAACAUAUCCGGAAAUGUCGCUUCAUUCUCAAUGAAAUUAAUUUGUCGGUACACUGCUGCGCACCCUCGAUUCGCCUCGGACGGCAGAUAUUUAGUUAAGAAAACGAGGGCGACGCACGGCGAUGCUGUACUUAUAAGUGACGCCGCCGUGUGUGUAUGUGCGCGCACCUCUGUAAAUCAAUAAAAUAAACACGAUUCGAGAAUCUAGUACAUACAACCCAGGCAGUCGACGCAACGCAAACAAAACAAAUCGUCGUUUCUGUUCGUCACCGUACCGUAGCCCUUAACGAUCUAGUCCGCUAUUAAUCGUACGUUAACGAGAUAAUAUCCUAGGAAUAAUUGUACGACGUGUGUGUGACUGUGUAGCGUGCGUUUACCAAAGAUUUUUCGAACUUUUCACGCUAAGCAUUCCUAAUUGUUAAUUAAUCACGGUGGCACGGUGUGUAGAGAAGAUUUUUCGUAAAUAUUAAAAAAAACUUGCCACGCUCUUUUAUCUAUGGUAGGCUGUAAGGACACACGCUCUCUGUACAUAUGUACAUAUAUACAUAUAUAUUACGUAUAAAAUUGUAAGCCGGACGAUAUAUAUAUAUACUUGUCUUUAAUUUAACGUUCCAAGGUAAAACGCUGGUAAUACGGAAGUUACGAAAAAGGAUAAUCCGUUAAACUCUAAUCCGCAGAAAUAUUUUCUUUAGUAAAUCACGUAAAUCUCUCCAGACAUGUGUUGUACAUCGAUCUAAUAAAACCGUAAUGAAAGUCAA